AUGAAAGAAAUGAAAGAAAUGAAAGAAGUGAAAGAAGUGAAAGAAAUGAAAGAAGUGAAAGAAAUGGAGAAAGAAAUGGAGAAAGAAACAGAGACAGAGAAAGACAAAGACACAGAAGCAGAAGCAGAAGCAGAGAGAGAAGAAGCAGCAGCAGCAGCAGCGCGAGGCAGCAAGACGAAGGCGCCACCGCCAGCAUGCUCGCCGACAGGGGCCCCGCGCUUAAGACGUUGGGGCGCUGGAGGGGACCUCGAAACGGCUCAUCGAGGCCCGCCAGAUGCCUCCGAGAAAGCGGGAGGAAAACAGAAAAGUGUUUUUGAGCUGGCUCUGCUCCAAAGUAGGUUUAGGGACUUUUACUCUGAAGACCGGCAGGGCGCCCCAGCGAACAGAGAGGAAUUCGUUAACAGCUUACUGGACUCGCACAGCUCAGUCCGCGUCACCAAGCGCCUCAUAGCGGAGGAGAACAAAGAGCACUCCUUCUGCCUGGACUUCGAGGAAGUCAAGUCGGGGAAAAAUCAAAUUUGUUUAUUUGAGUGUCGCCGGGGGAAGCUGGUGCGGGUUUACGCAUUUAGAGGGUUUGGAGGAAAGCUUGCGGGCUUGAAUGGGGCGCUCGCUGACCACAGGGGGUGGUGGUGGUGCUCGGGAGGCGUUCCUGAGGAUGCGAAGUUGGUUUACCACGACUAUGUGAAUGAUCCCGAGAUCCGGGUUGGCUAG